UGAUUUUCGUAUUCAAUAUCACUCUGAUAUGUUAAGACAGUUUGAUUUUGAAUCAAAAAGCUUGGAACAUUAUAUAGAAGAUCAUGUCGUCGGAGAGGCUUCUAUCCGGAGCCGUACAACAUACCGGUGGGAUGUCGGCGGUGUUUCACUCUUUCCGGCAGUGGGGAGAACCAGCGGCGAGGAUUUUCGAUGAUCUUCCGAUGGCAACAAUCUUAGCGGUGUCACGGCCCGACACCGGCGAUAUCAGCCCCAUGCUUCUCUCUUACACCAUUGAGUUUCAGUACAAACAGUUCAAGUGGCGCUUAGUAAAAAAAGCCUCCCAAGUUCUCUAUUUGCAUUUUGCUUUGAAGAAACGUGCAUUUAUUGAGGAGAUUUUCGAGAAACAAGAGCAGGUCAAAGAAUGGCUUCAUACCAUUGGAAUGGUUGAUCAGACAGCAGUAGUGCAAGAUGAUGAUGAGCCUGAUGAUGGAGCUGUUCCUUUACAUCACGAGGACAGUGUUAAAAACAGAAAUGUGCCCUCCCGUGCUGUUUUACCUGUUAUCCGACCAGCAAUUGGAGGACAACAGUCGAUUUCAGACAGAGCAAAGGAGGCAAUGCAGGGUUAUUUGAACCAUUUUUUGGGAAACUUGGAUAUUCUAAAUUCUCAAGAGGUGUGCAAAUUCUUGGAGGUCUCGAGGUUGUCAUUUCUACAGGAGUAUGGUCCAAAGUUGAAAGAAGGCUAUGUGAUGGUGAAGCAUCUAUCAAAUAUUCCAAGCAGGGACUCUGAUGUAAAUUGCUGUCCCUUCUCCUGGGUUUUUUGCUGUCAAGACAAUUGGCACAAGGUCUGGGCUGUUUUAAAACCUGGGUUCAUAGCCUUUCUGGAUGAUCCUUUUGACAUUAAACUCUUGGACAUUAUAAUUUUCAAUGUACUUCCACUUUCAAAAGGAAAUGGAGGAUCUCCAGUCUAUUUAGCAGAUCAAAUAAAGGAACGAAAUCCUCUACGUUACACAUUCAAGGUUAGCAACGGAAAUCAAAGCAUAAGGUUAAGAACUACAAGCAAUGCUAAAGUUAGAGAAUGGGUGUCUGCAAUCAAUGAUGCUGGUUUAAAGCCUCCUGAAGGUUGGUGUCAUUCUCACCGCUUUGAGUCCUAUGCUCCUCAGAGAGGUUUGAUUGAAGAUGGGAGUCAAGCCCAAUGGUUUGUAGAUGGGAAAGCAGCGUUUGAAGCUAUUGCUUCUGCAAUAGAGGAUGCAAAAUCAGAGAUUUUCAUUACUGGCUGGUGGGUUUGCCCAGAAUUGUAUCUGAGACGUCCUUUUGAUUCAAACUUCUCGUCACGUCUAGAUGCAUUACUAGAAGUAAAAGCUAAGCAAGGUGUUCAGAUAUACGUUCUUCUAUACAAAGAGGUUGCUAUUGCUUUGAAAAUCAACAGUUCAUACAGUCAAAGAAAGCUUCUCAACACCCAUGAGAAUGUGAAAGUCUUGCGUUAUCCAGACCAUUUAUCUAGUGGUGUAUAUCUGUGGUCUCACCACGAAAAACUUGUCAUUGUUGAUUAUCAAAUUUGCUUCAUUGGAGGAUUGGACUUAUGCUUUGGUCGCUAUGACACAAUAGAACACAAAGUGGGCGAUUGCCCCCCCAUUAUAUGGCCAGGCAAGGACUACUACAACCCCAGAGAAUCUGAACCAAAUUCUUGGGAAGACACAAUGAAAGAUGAAUUGGAGCGUGGAAAAUAUCCUCGUAUGCCAUGGCACGAUGUCCAUUGCGCUGUGUGGGGUCCUUCAUGUCGUGACAUAGCUAGGCACUUUGUUCAGCGUUGGAACCAUGCCAAGAGAAACAAGGCUCCGAAUGAACAAGCGAUUCCACUACUUAUGCCUCAUCACCACAUGGUGAUCCCUCAUUACAUGGGAAUUAGCAGAGAGAUUGAUGUUGAGAGCAAGAGAGCAGAAGAGAACCAAAACGAUUUCGGCAGACAGAACUCCUUUUGCUCACUCUCACCAUUGCAAGACAUCCCAUUGCUUUUGCCUCAAGAACAUGAUGGUUUACUGGACUCUCAUUUAGAACAAACCUUACUCGUAAAUGGCUUGCAUGAGAACCAUAACAUUAUGUAUCAGCCAAAAGGGACGUGUGAAGAUUAUCUUUUCUCAGACAAGAAUCAGGAAGUUGAAGCUCUAGUUCCAGAGAUGGAUAUCCAUAGUGAAAUGUUUUUAGAUAUGGAGGAAGAGGCACAGCAUAAAACAACAAACUCAGAUGAGUGGUGGGAAAAUUUAGAGGAAACCAAUCCAAGGCCUUCUGCUAAUGAUGACUCUGGAGAAGUUGGUCCCCGUACGGCAUGUCGUUGCCAGGUUAUCAGAAGUGUCAGCCAGUGGUCAGCUGGAACAAGUCAAACUGAAGAAAGCAUUCACAAGGCUUAUUGCUCUCUUAUUGAGAGAGCAGAACACUUUGUAUACAUUGAGAAUCAGUUUUUCAUUUCAGGUCUCUCUGAGGAUGAGAUUAUACAAAACCGCGUACUAGAGGCACUUUACAGACGUAUUCUAAGAGCACAUAAAGAACAAAAGUGCUUUCGAGUUAUCGUAGUAAUACCACUCUUACCUGGCUUUCAGGGGGGCUUGGAUGAUGGUGAUGCAGCAACUGUUAGAGCCUUGAUGCACUGGCAGUACCGAACCAUCAGCUGGGAGAAAACUUCAAUAAUGCAUAAUCUUAGUGUUUUGCUUGGACCUAAAGCACAUGAUUACAUCUCUUUCUAUGGUUUAAGAUCGCAUGGUAGGCUUUUCGAAGGUGGCCCUUUGGCUACAAGUCAGGUUUAUGUUCACAGCAAAUUGAUAAUAGUAGAUGAUCGUGUUGCAUUGAUUGGAUCUUCAAAUAUUAAUGAUAGAAGUUUGCUUGGAUCUAGGGAUUCUGAGAUUGGGGUACUAAUUGAAGAUAACGAGUUUGUCAAUUCAACUAUGAAUGGACAGCCGUGGAAGGCUGGAAAAUUUUCUUAUAGUCUUCGGUGCUUCUUGUGGUCUGAGCACCUGGAUCUUCAUGCAGAAGAGAUAACAAAAAUCAGUGAUCCUGUAUUAGACUCAACUUAUAGAGAUCUAUGGUUAGCAACUGCAAAGAAGAAUUCAACCAUUUACCAAGACGUAUUUUCUUGCGUGCCCAAUGAUCUUAUACAUUCAAGAGCUGCUUUUAGACAAUGCAUGGCUCAUUGGAAAGAAAAACUUGGUCACACUACAAUUGAUAUGGGAAUAGCUCCUGAGAAGCUAGAAUUGUAUGAGGAUGGAAAAGUGAAGUUAAUAGAUUCAAGUGAAAGAUUGAAAGCUAUAAAGGGUCAUCUUGUGUGCUUUCCUCUAGAGUUUAUGUGUCAAGAAGAUUUGAGACCUUUUUUCAUUGAGAGUGAGUUUUAUGCAUUUCCUGAAGUAUUUCACUAGGUUAUUAUUUUUCGGAUGCACAAAGGGGUGAGCUAGUUAGUUUGUGGUGGAUGCAAUUGUAUAUUAGUUUCACAUAGCAAGUGAGAGAGAGAGAACCAAUUAAGAGAAAUAGGUUCUAUUACUAAAAUAUAUGUAGUUAUUAAUUUGGUAGGUGAAAUCACUCGUGCCACAUUGGCCAUGAUGUAUUUUUUUUUCAUGUAUAGAACUAGUUUGUAGGCAAAACAAUAUGUACAGAUAUGCAUACACAUUCAAAGUUUGAUGUCU